UGGGGGGGAAAGUCAGAAACCUCAACCGGAUCCGAAUGAACGCAGCUUCACCCCGGCUCACAACAAGCCGCCGUCCAGACACGUUCAUCUCCACCGAGUCCUGCCAGAACCCCCCCCCAACUUAUUCCUCCUCUGGGAUUUACGUUAAAAGAGAACAGAGGCGAAAAUGACAGGGGAGGACAAAAAGACCGAGGCUGACGACAAGGAAGUGCCCGCCGGAGAGAUGCCCUCAGAGCAGGGGGUCCCUGCGGAGGAGGAGAAGCAGGAGAACGGGGAGUGCAAGCUGGACGUGUCGGAGAAAACCCCCCCACCUGCGGCGAAGGAGGUGGAGUUCGUCCACCCGGAGGGCGGCUGGGGCUGGGUGGUGAUGCUGGCGUCCAUGUGGUGCAACGGCUCCGUGUUCGGGAUCCAGAACUCCUUCGGCUUGCUCUUCGUGUCCCUGCUGAAGGAGUUCGGCUCGGAGGACGACCAGGACCUGCGCUUCAAAACCUCAUGGGUGGGGUCCCUCUCCAUGGGGAUGAUCUUCUUCUGCUCCCCCAUCGUCAGCAUCUGCACUGACCUCUUCGGCUGCAGAAUUACGGCUGUGGGCGGCGCUGCUGUCGGCCUCGUCGGUCUUAUGGCCAGCUCCUUUGUCAAGACCCUUGGUGUGAUGUAUUUCACAUAUGGCAUUGUGUUCGCCUGUGGCUGCUCCUUUGCCUACCAGCCCAGCCUGGUCAUCCUGGGCCACUACUUUAAGAAGCGCCUGGGCCUGGUGAACGGCAUCGUGACGGCCGGCAGUGGCAUCUUCACCGUCUCCCUGCCCUUCGUUCUGUCGGGCCUGCUGGAAAGUGUGGGCCUGCAAAACACUCUGCGUGUUCUCUGCAUCCUCAUGGUUGUGCUGAUACUAGCCGGCUUCACCUACAAGCCUCUGCUGCCAGCCAGUCCCGUUAAUUCCCAAACAGGAGGAUUCCAACUAAGCCGGAUCUUCAACAAGAACAUCUGGAAGUCUGUGGGAUACCGGAUUUGGGCCUUUGGCAUACCUGCUGCUCUUUAUGGGUACUAUGUACCCUACGUUCAUCUGAUGAACCAUGUGCAAGAGCGUUUUGGACCAGAGGCAAACAAGGAAAUCCUGCUCUUGUGCAUCGGCAUCACAUCCUGCUUGGGCCGAUUUAUCUUCGGCAGUGUGGCGGAUUUCGUCAAGGGAGCCAACAAAGUAUUCCUUCAGGUCAUUUCAUUCCUCGUCAUCGGCGUCAUGUCCAUGAUGAUCCCCCUGUGCCAUAUCUUCGGAGGGCUGAUUGCCGUGUGCCUGCUGAUGGGGCUGUUUGACGGCUGCUUCAUCUGCAUCAUGGCCCCCAUCGCCUUUGAGCUGGUCGGAGCCAAAGAUGUCUCGCAGGCUAUCGGCUUUCUGCUCGGUCUGAUGUCCGUUCCAAUGGUUGCAGGUCCCCCGAUUGCAGGGUUCCUGAGGGACAAACUGGGGAGCUACGACAUGGCCUUCUACCUGGCGGGCAUCCCUCCGAUCAUUGGGGGGAUCCUGCUGUGUCUUAUACCCUGGGUGGAGGCCAGGAACAAGAGGAAGCAAAAGCAGGAGAGCCUGAGCAAGGAGCAAGACGUCAGCCAGAAGAUGCUAGAGCACGAGAAGGCUCAGGAAGAUGCAAAGAACAAAAUAGGAGAUUCUGUCCUCUAAGGGUCUCUCUGCGUCCCCCCAAACAAACUGAAAGAGACAAUCAUUGGGUCAGUCUGGGGUCAGUGCUGACCGGCGGUGUUAAAGUGCUGUUUUUUUUGUGUUUUUAGCCAAAAUUGUAACUACUUCCUUCAGUAUGAUGAAAAACCAAAUGGAAUGAAACAUAUCAGAGUCAAAGUGUUUGAACUAAAGCUAAGAUAAAUGUGAUCCUGACCUGUAUCCUGACGUUGGACCUCACCAUAGAGCUGCUCAUUCAGUCCUCAGUGUCUUUAACAAAUGACCGAAGUCUUGCCUUGCAGCUUCAGCGGGAAAGGCACUUCUUGACACUACCAUGUUUUUGUAGCUGUAGACGUAUGGCAUAAAACCAGCAUUUACAGGAUUAACCAAAGGGUAAAGAGUUUAACUUGCGUUCAGCUUCGUUUUAUGUCAGGACGAUUGAAUCGGCUUAAAAGAUUCCUUCCUAACUAGUCCACCUAUGUUUCUUUGUCUUAAAGCGUGCGAGAACUGCACACCCAGGGCUCAUUAAUAUCUGAAAGCGAUACACGCUAACUAGACACGUGAAAGAUCUUGAAGUUUUAUCUUAACUUGUGUUCUCGCUCAGACACUUGAAGGUAAGCAGCUGAUGAAUUUCCAUCGUUUUCCUGGUUCUGUUGCUGCUUCGGCCAACAUACACAGGUUAUGUUGGACGUCUAUGAGCACGGCUGAAACACAGUACUAACUAAAAUAGCACAGGCGAGCAUCAUACACCAUCCCUUUUAAUUUGCUUUUACAAGUUUUUAAAUGAAGUAAUAUUUUUGUAUAUAUAACAAAGCAGGAAACAGUAGGAAGCUGCUUGCUUUGCCCUGUCCAAACCCUACAUAACCAGAAGUGAAUUGGCAGCGAAGCUCAGGAAUUUUCAGUGUUAUAUGUGAAAAAUGAGAAAUUUCUUGUUUUGUAAAAUGAUGAACUAUUCCAUUAACAGUGCUGCAGCUUGUUUCACUAUUACGAAGUGAAUAUCAAUUCAGGAUGAAAGUAUUACCUACGCCUCUACAUGACCAUAUGUGCCAUUUUUUUAUAGCUGUUCUUUUUUUGGUUUAGGCCAAGUUUUUAAACUCACACAGUUCCUUGCUAAAAUAUUCAUACCCUUUGAACUUUUCCCGGUGUCGUUGCAUUGCAACCUUCAAUGAAUUUACUUGGAAUUUUAUGCUGAAGACCAAAACAAAGGCAUCCCCACAUCAUUAUGCUGCCACCACCACCUUUCACAGAGAGGAUGGUGCAUUCAGGGUGAGGUGCACUGCUAGCGUUCCACCAUAUGUAGCUUUUUAGGGCAGAAGUUUCAUUUUGGUCUCAUCUGAGCGGAGCCAUUUCCUCCACAUGUCCGCUGUGACCGCUACAUGGCUUGUGGCGAAUUGCAAAUGAGACUAGAUGAGAACUGCAUUUUCCACAUUUUUAUCUCUUGUAAAAUGUUAAAAGCCCCUUAUCAUUUUCUCUCCAUUUCACAAUUAUACACUACCUUGUGUUGGUCUGUCACACAAAAACAAAACAAAAUGCAAAUAUUAGAAUAAAUAGCAGCAAAGUCCAGGUCAUAAAGCUGCUGUCAAAACAACCCCAGGUUACCUGCUUGGCUGGAAGACCUUUUAGGAAGAUCAAAUCAUUUUACAUCCCAUAAAAGUCUAAAUGUGAUGAGUUGGUAGAAAUGCUAUUACUCAUUCACUCUUAGUAUCUUAUCAUUUCCGAGUCUCCCCCUUUUGAAUGGAUGUGUGACUUAAUGAUUAACUAUAUGACCAUCAGGAGAUUUAAGCCCUGUUAACCAAUAACUUUGAGCCUGGUCCAAUAACAUAUGAGGAAAAAUAUGUCUUGUAUUUAUUGUUUUUUGUUUUGUUUUUGUAGGAAUGUAAUGCCAUAAUCAACCAGCAUUCACCUCCAGCCUUUAUUUUAUUCGCUGAAGACCAAAGUGUGAUGAAACGAGUGUAUUUGUCCUGUUUGUCUGCUGUUACCUCUCUGUGAGGCCUACCUGCUGGCAGUGGAACCACCUGAACAUGCCACUCGUCGCUCUGCUGGCGCCACCAGCGAUAAGACCGUUUCCUGACUACCUUUAUGCAAAACGCAGCGACAUCGCCGUCCUACAGCAGCGACAGGCCACAGAGCAAGAAGUAUGGCUGAAGUAGCUGUGCCGCUACCAAGCACUUUCUGCACAGAACCAGAGAUGCCUUUAUUUCAAUGCAAGGAGAGAAUUUUAUUGUUUACUAUCCGUCUCCCUCUAAAUAGAUAUUUUAAAUAUAACUGACUCUUUAGCAUACAGCUAGCUUAUUGUACCAUUAUCUCAACGCUUACGAAUGGCACUUUUAAAGCCUUAAAUACUUUGAUUUCUUGUCACUAUACAAACAUUUAGAACUUUUAUGAUGCUGUUUAUUCCUGUGUUGCUGGUUUUACAGAGAGGCCUCAUUAUGCAAUCUGUGUCAGUCAAAGAGACAUGUUGCUAUAAAGAAGUCUGUCUUUGUGAGUGUUUUCUAUCUCUUACCAAGUAUAUCUCUUGUUGGGCUCUUCUCAGCCCUGAAGCUUUAAGCAUUUUAUUGUUUACUAAUCCAGAAUCUUUUGGCAGCCAAUCCGACCACCGGCCCUAUGCAGAAUAUCUUUGCAUAGAAACGUAAUUGGCUAUUUUUUUUUGCCACUUUGUCUUAGUUUUAUAUAUUUUUGUCUUAAAUUCUGUUAUUUUAAUGUUGUGUGACAAAAAAUUCUAGAUGUAGCCCGACAUGAGUCCCCCAAACCGACAGUGAUCUACUUGGGUUUGGCUUGGUUUUAAAAUGUGUUAAACUACAAAGUAUUUGAUUUAUGUAAACAGUCACAUUUCUGUAUUUUCAAGAGAGUAAAAAGGGUUUUCAGGAUUACA